GUGACUUAUUGACCGUCCCUCUCGCGGUGCGUCCUGGAUUGUGGGUAGAAUUAUCUAUUGCUCUCUUCUCUCUCGAACCAGCGCUAGCCGCUUUUCUCUCUCAUCGGUAAGCCAUAAUCUAUUUAUCCACCAAUCUCUCACCAAUAAUGACAAUAUCGAAUUCGAAAUCGAGAAUUUUAUUUCUCUACUGAUUCAAUUUCUAGCGUUUAUUGUUGUUUCUCCUCUUUGUUUGACUUUAAUUUCUAGGGUUUCAGUCGUCCUAUCUGUUUCCUCGUUAAUUGUUCGGCGAAAUUUGUAGCUCUAUACGUCAAUAGUGGAGGAUCUGAAAUCUGUUGCGUUACUGCUUUGGAUUACUUUGGUUUUAGCUCUUAGAUCCGAGGUUGGCCUCGAAUCGAUUUUUCUGUUUUUUUUUUUCUUAAAAAAAAAAGAGAAAAAUUGGUGGGUUUAGGGUUUUAUAGGCGUGGAAUUAGGGUUUGAAUUUGGAUUCUUUAUUGUGACGUUUGAUUUUUUUGUUGUAACAUAUGGCGGCUGGGAGACAUGGGGGUUAUCGCGAUAACGAGAUACGCGGGCGUGAGUCCAAUAGUGAAUAUUCUAGGAGGGAUUUUGCUUAUUCAAAGGAGGAGUAUGAUCGGUUUGGGAAUGGUAAUCGUGAAAAUCAAAGGGGUAGAGUUCGUGACAUAAGAGAUAGGGGUAGGGUUAGACAGAAGGAUAUUAAGGAGAGAGAAGUGGUUAAUGGUGGUUAUCUGUCCUCUUCUAGUAGGAGUGAUUCAGGCAGUGAUGGUGGUACACGUGGAUCCAAGAGAUACGAGUUUACUGGCAGGGCCAUGGAUCGAGAGCCAGGUGAAUUGUCUAGUGAAAGUGGGUCUGAUGAUGCGAUAGAGUCUGAAUCAGUGUUCAAUAAAGAUAUUGAGGUUUCAAAGGUAGUAGAGAAUGGCAUACGGACUCCUGUGGAGAAGAAGAGGAAGUUUUCUCCUAUAGUUUGGGAUAGGGAUGACAGAGAAGUGAGUAAUUCUUCAAAAAGUAGGAUUUCUCUGGCAGUGACUACACUCCCUCCACCACCACCCCUCCCUAGGGCAUACGGCCAGUCACCAAAUGUUAUUCCAGAUGGAGGUGUAGAGAUAUCUCCCAUUAAGAGUAGUGAAAAUCAGAACUUGAAGUCAUCUUCUCCCGUCAAGGAUCCAGUGGCUAAAGGGCCAGUUGGGUAUUCUGCAUCUGAGUCUCCAGUAGGGUUGGCUGCUUUGCCUCUAGAGGAUCAACGGUUGGGUAAUGAUCAUGAAGCUGAACUGGCCGAAGAUGAUGAUUAUGUACCUACCCGUAAUAUAUCAUCUUCUAGAUGGGCUGCUGGGAACAAUUCUCCAGUUGAUGAAGGUGAAAUUGUAGAGGAUCAGGAAAUGCCUAAAAGGAGGAAGAAGAUGCCUCAUUUGGAGUCCUUGGAUUUCAGAACACGCAAUAGUUCAUUGACUCCUGACCUUGGAGACCUUAAGAGAGAUGGUUCAGAUCGAGCUAGAGGGAGGACGACGACUGACUCUGAGGAGCGAGACAUUCUUACUAGGUCUUUGAGUGGGGAUGAUUAUCCUGGUAAUGAUACUGACAAGGAUGAAUACAUGGAGAUUGAUGAUGAACGGGAUGAAAAUGAUGGUAGCAAUGAACAUUCUGAUGCAGAUUCUGAGAAUGAAAAUGAUUAUCUUGAAGCACCAGAAUCUGUAGCUCCUCAAAGAAGUAUAAACAUGCUUCUGGGGUGUAGAAGUGUAGAUGAAUUUGAGAGACUAAAUAAGAUAGAUGAAGGCACUUACGGAGUUGUAUAUAGGGCUAGAGAUAAGAAGAAUGGGGAAAUUGUCGCAUUGAAGAAGGUAAAGAUGGAGAAGGAACGAGAGGGCUUUCCCCUGACAUCUUUGAGGGAAAUAAACAUUCUUCUCUCUUUUCAUCACCCUUCAAUUGUUGAUGUAAAAGAAGUUGUGGUUGGGAGUAACCUUGAUAGCAUUUUUAUGGUGAUGGAAUAUAUGGAGCAUGAUCUUAAGGGUCUCAUGGAGUCGAUGAAGCAGCCAUUUAGUCAGAGUGAAGUUAAAUGCUUAAUGCUCCAGUUAUUGGAAGGUGUCAAGUAUCUCCAUGAUAACUGGGUCCUUCAUCGAGAUUUAAAGACAUCAAAUUUGCUUUUGAAUAAUAGGGGUGAGUUGAAGAUCUGUGACUUUGGGUUGGCUCGUCAGUAUGGAAGUCCAUUGAAACCAUAUACUCAUUUGGUGGUUACACUUUGGUACAGAGCUCCUGAACUUCUUUUGGGAGCCAAACAAUAUUCAACUGCAAUCGACAUAUGGUCAUUAGGUUGUAUUAUGGCUGAACUGUUGGCAAAAGAACCACUUUUCAAUGGGAAAACAGAAUUUGAUCAACUUGAUAAGAUUUUCCGAAUACUUGGCACACCAAAUGAGACGAUCUGGCCUGGGUUCUCCAAGUUACCUGGUGUGAAGGUCAACUUUGUUAAGCAUCAGUAUAACCUACUGCGUAAGAAAUUCCCAGCAACAUCUUUCACUGGAUCGCCAGUUCUUUCUGAUUCUGGAUUUGAUUUGUUGAACAAACUUCUAACCUAUGACCCUGAGAAGCGAAUAACUGCUGAUGCUGCUCUUAACCACGAAUGGUUUCGUGAAGUUCCUCUUCCCAAGUCUAAGGAUUUUAUGCCUACUUUUCCUGCUCAGCAUGCCCAAGACAGGCGUCUGCGAAGGAUAUUGAAGAGUCCAGAUCCUUUGGAAGAGCAGCGCAGAAAAGAACUGCAACAAGGAGAAUUAGGGACUGGCAGUUUGUUUGGCUAAGAGGCCUUCUCUUCUGAUCUCCAUGCUUUAGUUUCUACACCACUGAUGCAGGAUGAGGUUGAGGUGAGAUAUCCAUUGAAAGGAAGUUGCGAACAUUGUUUCUCAGAGGAUCAUUCAUACUUUUUUUAGCAGGCACCUGUGAUGAUUUGGGUGGAGAAAUUAUUUGCCUCCUGCCACCCAGCUAUCUUGCAGGUUAACUUUGACAUUCAGCUUUAAUCAGCAUACAUUGCAAGGUGUGGCAUGAUGGCCUUUCAUCUUAAAAAUCAGUUUCAACUGAAACUUGUAUAUGUAACAUAUUUUCAUUGGUACAUUGUAAACAAUCCUAUCAAAUUUGGUUUUGAAGUUUAGAACAGUAUGGAUUUAUUCUCCACUAUUAGUUUUGUCAAUUUUUUUUAUUUAAUAUUCACAUUGUGUUUGCAAGAGGCUGUUGGUGUGAAGUGGAGGAGAUGUUCUUAGCUUUUCAUUGACGAAGAAAUAGACAGUAACCAUAGUGCACAAAAGGUAAUCCGUUGAUUAAUAUCUGUGGAAUGUUUUCGCAUAUCAGGAUCAUUGUUUCAAUCCUGACGGACUAUGUUUUUAAUGAACAAUUUGGUUGUAGAUAUAUUGCAAUUCAGUUAUAUGUUUUUCAUCUGUAUUUUUAGUGCUUUAGUUUUUCUAUUCUAUUUGUACACAUUCUUCUUGUAUUCAUCCAAAAAGAAGGGAAAUAGGAUGUAAAAUUAAGAAUAUAGCUGGUAGCAUGGCAUACUUUUUUUACUUUUACUUUUUUCAUGCACCACACUGCAUGCACCAAGAUAUUAGUAAUAUGAUAUUUACUGAACCAAUUCAAUUAUGUAAUAGUAGUAUCUGAAAACAUGAGUUUAACCACAGCACUCUUCAAGUUGCUGCUUUGUUUUUUUUUUUUGUGUAUAUACGUGUUAACUGAAUGGUUUAACAAUCCUUGUGUCUUUGUUGUGGAACUGGUUUGCUUGAGAUUAAUCUGUAAUUGCACUUGCAAUUUUGAUCAUUUAUUUAUCUGAUUUGACCCGUGUUUAUGAGAAAUUACAUUUUAAAAUGCUUUAUGUUAUGGUAUGGUUCAAUACAUAUUGUAGUUCCUUCUUUUUCAAAAUCCAACAUUUUAUUUCCGAAUUUUAUAAGAUCAACAUUUUCCUUUAUCAUGCAAAAGGAGACCAAAAUCAAUGUAGUUUUAAUUUAAAAAAAAAAAAAAAAAAACAAUUGGUUAUGUAUUAAAGGACUACCUAACUACUGAAUUUUACAAAAAACAAGUGUUGGAUUUUAAAAAAGGAAGGGCCAAUGUAUGAAUUUGGACAAACCUCAACUGUGUUAUUUUGGGUAAUUUUUGCCUGUAAUAAUAUCAUUAUACAUCUCAAACAUUGGUAGGAUAAGUGUGAAAAGAGAGGCAACCAUCGCUAAUAUGAGCAAAUGAUUAUGUCACCUUCGACAUGUUAUUAUGAGCUCUUUUUAGCUAAUUGCGCUGGGAAUUUUAGUAGCAAUACCAAAUUCUUCCAUCUUAUUUCUCAGUUCAGGAUAAUUUUAAUUCUUAUUUAUUGCUUUGUUGACCAAUUGAAGAUGCUGUUGAAAAUGUUGAUUUAGAUUUUUGUUUCCAAGAUUUAGACUGCUGUUAAUCUGGUGGCUUUUAACUCAUGACUGUGUUAUGUUUAGUUGCACGCUUGUACUCAUUUAUGUGAUUUCCAUUUCAAUUUAGUUGCAUCGAUACCCUGUCAAGUGGAAUUCAAUUCCUUAAAAAGUGCCAACACUCAACAUGCGGAACUCAAACAAAUGUUUAGCUAUGUCCUCUUUCUUUUAUUUUGUAUUAAUGCCACCAUAUUGAAGAUUUAACCACCCAGAACCUUUUUAUAAUGUUAUCUGUGGAUGUCACUGCAGUAUCAAAGCAAGCAGGUUCAGGAGGUUACCUGCAAACUGGAUUUUAUAGAACUUUCAAAUAGUUGUCUUCAGGCUCACUGGAGGUACAAUACAAACCUUGGUUUGUUCUUAUGUCUCAGUUUUAUUUUUUUGAUUUCUUUAUGGUUAAACUUUUAGUGUGCUUGAACUUUUGGAUAUAGUACUGUGGGGUGGUGGUGGUGGCGGUAACCUUCGAGAUGCAUUUAGUACUUGUUGUGAGCAUGCUUCUUAGUUCUAGAAUUGAGAGAUUACUCAUUAAAGGUAAUACAAUUGUCAAAAUUGUAGGCUUCUGUUUAAUGGGUUGUCCCAUGGUUCUCGUGUUUUAUUGGGGCAUGGGCAGUCGUUGGAUUUGGGAACGUUUGCAAUAUAUGGGAUACUUAAUUGCACUUCUGUACAGCAAGAAAUCGAUAAACAUAAAUUCUUUGGUA